AUGAGCAGAGGCGGGCUGGGACCGGGCCUGAGCAUGGAAACAGUCGUCGCCGGGCCGGGCUCGGGCUGCAAAUCUAUAGAAGACGUCGGGCCAGAGUCGGGCACGGGCAUGAAAAUUAGGCCCGUGCAAUCCUCCAUCAAGGAAGACCUUACCUGCAGUUCCACGGAGUUGGAUUACGGCUCCUCGCUCCGACCCCCAGGUGAUUUUCUCACACCGAGCCCCACCGAGCCUCAUCAAUCCCACAGCGCGCAAAUUGACAAGCUCCAUGACAUUUUCCGGUCCAUCACCCUGGUUUCGCCACACAUGCCGACACGGUGCACUGUUUUCAUCAGCCAGGACCUGAAGAACGCUUCGCACGUAUUCAUCGGAACCGACCGCGCCGAGCCACCCCUUAUGCCACACUAUUCCGGACCGUACCAUGUGCUCUCUCACACCACCAAGACCGUCGUCGUCCGCCUCAGUGGCAAACACGACACGGUAGCCCUGGAUCGUGUGAAGCCAGCGUACCUCUCGUCCGUCACCCCUUCUAGCACCUACUCGGAACUUCCCAUUCCUUCACCUCAGUCAGCGACACCCCAAAGGACUGUGACAUGUCUCCAGCCUGGCGACGCUCUAGAGAGGGGCGCCCUGUAG